CUAUAUGCCUUCAUCCUCGAGCGCACCCUCUUAGAAUAAGAAAAAAAAAAAUUGUUGGCAGCAGGGAAGGGUCGGUUGGCGCGAGCGCGUCCCCGAUGGACUUCCAGCGUGUGACCUCCGCGAUCACCGGGCGGACAGCGGGAGAGGGGGGCAACAAACGGAACGCACGAGGAGAGCCCCGCCGAUCUACUACUAAAUGUUUUCCAGCCAAUUGCUCGAGCUGCUGUUCGCGGGAGGGGGUCUACCGACAGAGGAAUGAGAUGCACGAGUAAAAAGUUGACACGAUUUUGGUGGGAAUUUUCAUCCGAGAGGCGGCAGGAUCAUUUCUGACUAUCCUCCGGUCUGGGAAGUUCCCUUGGGGGGUUUCAUUAUGGCUUCAGGCGCCGGUAAGGCUGCACAGCCCCCCGGGCCGGGCUCCGCCGUUAACGGGACUGCGGCAGAGUUCCCAAACAUCGAGCAGGAGCUGUACGACUACCAGAUGCACAGCAAGAUGUGCAAGAAGAUCGCUCAGCUUACCAAGGUGAUUUAUUCUCUGAACAUGAAGAAUGAGGAGCAGGAGGCGGCCCUGCAGGCCUUGAGCCAAGCCCACCACGAGGAGCUGCACCGCAUCCUGAUGGACACAUGUCAUGAAGGGGAGGGAUCAGUGCUGAGGACACGCCUCCUUGAACUGCAGGAGUCUCUGGAUGAGCAGCAGAGAGUUGGAGCCCAGGUGCAGGCAGAUUUUGAGUGCUUCCGCAUCCAGGCAGAGGAGAGGGAGCGUGAAACCGAGGUGGAGCUGAGAAAACAUUUUGAGGAGAGGCUCCAGGCUGCAGAGGAAGAGCUCCAGGAGGCCAAGGCCCAGAUCAGUGCUGCACAGGAGGAGGGCCUGAGGUUGAGCAAAGAACUGGAGAAGGCUGGGGAGCAGAUCCAGGAGCUGAAUGCUAAAUGCGAGGACCUGCAGGAAGCUGCUGAUGAGGAGAAGAAAAGGAAAGAGGAGGAGGAGGAGAAACGAAGAGAAGACGAGGAGAAAAAGAAAGAGGAGGAGGAGAGACAAACAGAAGAGCGUGAGGACCUGGAAAGAAUAAAAUCACUCUUAGAGGAGGUAAAGGCGCUGAAAGAGGAGAGGGAUCGAGCGGAGGAGGAGAAGAGGCGAGCGGUGAAAGAAGAACGGGAGCAAUGGGAGCAAAAGAUGAAUGAUCUGAACGAGGAGAAGGAGGACAUGAGGAAGAAGAUGGAGGCAGAAUGGAGGGAGGAGCGGCAGAGGUGGGAGGAGAGGGAAGAGGAGGAGAAGAAAGGAAUGCACAGCGCUCUAAGAGAAAGAGUGAAGAGGGCUGAGGCAGAGGUGGAAAGUCACCUGGAGAGGCUGGCUGAGAGCAAGAGAAACACAGUGAAACUGCAAGAGCGAAUACAGGACCUGGAGGAGGAGCUGGAGCUGGAUCGGAGGCGCGUGUCUGAGGCCGAGGGUGUGGCUAAACGGGCGGAGGAGGAGCUAGCGGUCGCCAAGGAGAGGCUGCUGCUGCAGGAAGACGAGCUGCAGAGCAGAGCAGAGGAGCUGCUGAACCGCGGAGGCUGUGAGGUGUGUGUGUGUACUGAAGUGGAGGAACUGAGGAGCCAGGUGAGCCGUCUGCAGAGCAGGAACAGAGAGCUGGAGCUACAGAGCAGCGGCAGAAAUAGUGACCACGCCCGGCAGAUACGCCAGCAUGCUGAGGCCCUGUCCAGUUUGCGUUCAGAGAUGGUGAGAGCCCAGACAGAGGAGUUACGUCGCAUCCAAAAGCAUGCAGAUGAUGAGAGGGACAAACUGCAAAAGGAGAUACAUAAAGAAAGAGAAAACCUACAGAAGGAGAGGGAGCAAGAAAAGGAUCAGUUGGAGAAGGACAGAAACAGACUGCAUAGGGAGAGAGAGGAGGAGAGGCAAGAGCUGGAAGAGGUCAAAGAUCGUCUGCGUAGAGAAAAGGAGGAAGAGGUUGACCGACUGCGCAAGGAGCUUGAAGUUGAGAGGGUCCGUAUCCGCUCCCAGUUGGACAAGAAUAUUGAACAGGUCGAAGCAGAGAGAGCCAAUGUUCAGCAGAAGCUGGAAGAGGAGAAGAGGAGGUUGGUGGAGAAGGCCGAGGAGGACAGGAAGCGGUUGAAGGAGCAGGUGCGGAAGGCGAUAGAGGAGGUGAUGAGGAGACACGCAGCCGAACUACACAGCGUCCAAGAAGCUCUGAGUUCAGAGAAGAAGACCAACCAAGAGGUAUGUGCACGUUUGGAAGAGGAGCGGAGGACCGGUGAGGAGCUACGCAGUGGUCUGGAGAAGGAAAGAGAGGACGUGAGGACAAAACUGAAAGAUGCUAAUAAUGAGAUCUGUCGGCUGAAGUCAGCGCUCCAACAACAAGAGAAGAAAGAAAAGGUGGCGCCUGAAGCUGCUCCCUCACCACAUUGCUCUCGUCUGGAGGAAGAGCUUCAUCAGACCCGGAGUCGACUGGCUCGGACUCAGGAGGAGGCGGAGAAGCAGUGGGACAGACAGCAGAGAGAGAUAGCGUCCCUGAGAGCUGACAAACACCGGCUGGAGGAGAAAGUCCUGGAGCAGAGCCGACUGAACACGGAGAGGAGCCUUCUAGAGCAGAGCCAGCGGAACACGGAGGACCGGAUCAGGGCAGAGUGUGAGGAUCGUCUCAGAGCAGAGUUCAGGAUAGAGAUGAAUGCUGCUGUUGCUGAGAGCGAACAGAGAUGGCAGAACCGAGAGCAGGAGCUGCAGACCCAGCUUUCUGAGCUGCAGAGUCAACUGGCCGAGGCGGAGAAAAAGAAGGCGGGCCAGGGAGAUGAUAGCCACGGCAACCCCGAAAUUGACAGGCUGAGGAAGGAGGUCCAAGACACCAAGGAGAUAAACAAAAAGCUGAGGGAGCUGCUGCAGGAGCCCCAAACCCAGUCUUUGACUGAGGAGAGACACAAUCAAGCCAUGGCUCUGCAGGCUUUAGAGAGACAGGCGAAAGAAGAUCUGCUGUCUGAGAGGAACAGACUACAGACAAUGCACCACCUGGAGCUAGAGAAGCAGCGUGCAGAGUUGACCCAGCAGCACACAGAAUGGAGCAGACAGAUGACCCAGAGACACAUGCAGCAGAUAGAAGACCUACAGGCUCAGCUACAGGCACACACACAGAUGAUGGCACUGCAACAGGAUUUGAAGCAGCAGAACCAGUAUCAGGUGUUUGAGCGACAGCUGGAUGAGAGUCGCUGUGCUGUGCUGGAGCUGCAGAGAGAGAAUGCAGCUCUCAAGAAGCAAUUAAAGGAAAAACCUAUACAGAAGAAUCCCGAAGCAGAGGAGAAAGAAGAGGAAAGCGUAGAAUUGAGGAAGAAGAGAGACGCCCAGCUGGAAGAAGAAGCACAACGUCUGAAGGAGGAAGUGGAGAAACUGAGGGUAGAGAUGGAGAAACUGGAGGAGUCACAGAAACACUGGGAGGAGAGGAAAGAAGAGGACAUCAAAGAAGAGGAGGUGGACGAGGAGAAGAGGAAGGAGCGGGAGGAGGAGAAGAGGAGAGAGGAGGUGGAGGAGAUCAGGAGGGAGCACAAGAGGGAGAUGCAGAGUUUGGUCUCUGAAUACAGCAGCGCCCAGACGCACCUGCAAGCUCGAAUAGUGGCCCUGGAGAACGAAUUUAACUGCAGACUACGCGAGCGGGAGGAGCGGUGCAGGAGGAGGGAGCCUCGAUGUGAUGACCUGCAGCUGGGGAGACUCCAGGAGAGGCUGACUGAGAGAGACCAGCUCAUUAAACGAUUAGUGGAAGAGAGGCAUCAGCUGCAGCUCCACCCUCCCGUUGCCGGGGACAGCAGCACCCUCAGGCUCCGUGACAGCAAGUCCCGCCCCGGGAGCGUCACGCCAACCAUGAGGAGGAAGCGUGUGGAGUCUCCUCCUCGUCUCACCAGCGUCCCCAGUGCCGGUACUUACGACAGGAGCGUCUUCCUCCCCAACUCCUCCUCAUCGUCUUCCUCCUCCUCCUCUGUCCAUCAGCACUCCUCCUCAACCCUCCCCCACCAGUCCACCUCCCACCCUCAGACCUCCCCGCACUACUCCACCUCCUCUCUCCCACACAAGCACACCUCCCUCUCCCUUAGCCAACAUUCCUCCCCCUCCCUCCCUCGCUCCACCAGAUCCCGGACCUCCUGCAUCCCUCCAACCCCAGCACCCACCGCCCCGCUCCCCGUCUGCCCAUCACCGCAGACGGGUAUCCGAUAUGUGUCCCCCUCCUGCCAGGAGCCCCAUGCACACCUGCAGGCCCAAUCAAUCAGGGGCCCAUAUCUGGAGCCGAGGGGGACAGAGGGGCUGAAGCAGGAGUGGUACACCAAAUACUUCUCCUUCUGAGCACAAACACACGUGAACACACAAACACACACACACAUACACACAGCAGCUGCAAGUACAUCUCCUCAUAUACAGUUCAUUGCUUCUUAGACAUAUCCGUUUGCUUCCCACAUACACACACACAACAACAACAACAACAUUAACAAACAUAUGGGCUCAUCACCAGCAAGGCCAUCUCGAACAUUGCCUCAAAGCUCAACCAAAAAGUGCUUCUCAAACACAUGCCUGACCUCUUCUCAGAACAUAGGCCUGCCGGAUCUUGUUUGUAUAGUUUGGAAUGUCUCCAUAUGCUGUGUUUUUUUUAAAAAAGCAGUCUUCCUUUUUUAAUGCAACUUUUGCUCUAAUCUCAUCACAUUGUUAUUCCGGGCAAAUGUACAUUUCUGAAAAUCCACAACCGAGUGUGUCUUUGAGUAUGGAAGCAUUCGACAUAUUCAAUCAAGAUCCUCGUCAAAACGGACACACACGACUCACCAUACCAAAAUGAAGCUUGUUUCAAUGCAAAAAUGUAUAAUA